GCGAUUCAUCGACACUUCAAUACGAUUUCAAUAACCCGUAACAGUUCUGCUGCUGGGCCAUGUCUGGAGACAAUCCGUCAUCAUGCCGUCCGACAGCACCUCACUAUCCAUGUUCAGCCUCUCGCAAGACCUCGUUCGUUCCCUUAUCCCUUCCAUCACCGAAUCCUCAAACAGCCGACUGUCCGACCAUCUAUCAUCCAAAGUUAGGUCACAGAUAAAAGCGGACAAGUAUGGAGGUACGAGGAAGGAAUGGAAUGAAGUCUCUCAGUCUAUCAUGGGACUCGCUGAAGCUGGAAGAAUAAGAGUGCAGGAAGAUCUCGCAGAAGGGCUGGAAAAGAAUCUCUCGAACUUAAACAGACAUAGGGAACAAGGUAAAAAUGUAUGGGAGGAGGAUGUGCCUAUAAAGAUGGAUAAUUUACCCCAGCAUGUCCAAUUCCUGCUGAAUCUUGCCGAGAAACCGACAUAUCAAACGCAUGCCUUCGCUUAUGACUAUAUUCACCGGUCCACACCAAUAGGACCCACGCCGGAGCAGCUGAUUUACCAGCAGAUUAUGGAAGAAGAUCCUUUUGAUCCGGGAGAAGUAUGGGAUGAAGAAGUCAGACAUGGCUGGACAGAUUCAGAUACGGAUGACAUGUCUGAUUUAUCCACUCAAAGCCCAUCGGAAGAUGAGUUGGCUACCCCCAGUGAUCUCGCCAUGCGUAUGCGGUUGGAAGAUAAGGAACAGGAAGAGAGGGCACAGAGAGAGGAGGCAGAGGUAAAAGAAAGGGCGAUAGAAGAGCUGGCGAAGAAGUUGAAAAAUGGUUAUUGGAAAGGGCAGCCAGAAGUCGAGAUCAUGCGAAAGGACUUACAUGGUUGGAAAGAACUGACAACAAACACAAAUGCUGCUGCGAUGGCUAAGAACUUCUUUCCAGCAUCGUUCUCAAAUAACAGCAAGGCCAUAAGCGCCAGCCAGCUUCAAAGAGAAUUGAUAUUCGCUCUUUCCGGUCGGCCUGGUAUCUUGUUCACUUUUGAUGAGAAGGCAGACUGUCAGAUCAUAUCUGAUCAUCCUCAUGUUAAAACAUUUUCUCCAGGCGCUCUUGAAGGCAUUCUAAUGACUUUUCGCUCGCAUGCCAGCCAAGCAUCAAAGCUCCGACUCUUUGUCCAAAAAACCUUGCAGCCUAGAGUGCCUGCUGACCCAGCCAAACAAACUCAAGCUACCAAUAAGACGGCGCAGGCCUUUGCCGAAGCUACACGCGAAGUACUAGAACUAUAUGAUACCUGGCUAUCCAAUCUUGAAGCGAGUUUCACACUGGGGUCCCGACAUGGUCAAUCUUCGUCCUCUGUCACAGGUGUACCGGCUUCUACAACUCCUCUGCUCCUCAUUCAUGAAUUAGAGCAAGCCCACGCUCCAAUACUGCGGUAUCUGUCAGAAUUUGUACCGUACGCCCAUUCUCCCACUCUUAUUUUGAAUCUCAUCUAUUCGGCAAUCGUCAACACGCGCCAAACAGGGAGCACUCCUCAUAUCACUUCGUCCCUAUUCAAACUCUUCUAUCGAUCGGCGGAGCCUAUGUGGCACGUGCUCGGCGUUUGGCUGCAGCAAGGGAUGCCAGUACCGCUUUCCCUAACUGAUCCCGAGCAAAUGGCGUUCUCCUCCCUUUCAUUAGAUGACGGGGAGCGAGAACUUGACAGAGAUUUUUUCAUCAAACGUGAUAAGGAUGUUUCAUGGGCAGAUGAGGACUUUUGGGAAUGCGGCUUCGUUGUCGGGGAUGAAGGAUGGCCUUUGUGGAUGGGGGACGAAAUAGGAGCUAUGGUUAUGGAAGCGGGAAAAGCGCAAGGCUUACUAAGGAGUCUAUUGGGAAAUGUCAACACCGAGAUCGUAAAGGAAUGGUCCUUUUUAUUUGACGUCCUAAUGGGACCGAUGGACGGAUUCGCAUCUCCCUUCCCUCUGGGUGAAAUGGACAUCGUAGAAAAGGUUAUAGGCUAUUUGCAGCCAUUAUGUCAGCUGGUUCAGUUCCAUCUUCGACGGGUGCUUGACGAAGAAUGCGGAUUAAUGCAGCACCUGGAAGCAAUCGAAGGAACAAUGCUGCUACGGGGAUUUGAGGUAAUCCACGAGUGGACAGAAGGACUGUUCAAAAAGAUCGUCAAAGGUGAACCUUGGUCUGAUUUUCAACUCUUGACAAGUUCUAUCCGGACCGUGGCUGAGGUACGACAAGCUUUCUGGAUGAAUCCCAACGCUUUACGGAUUAGGACAACAAGGCGACAAGGAGUGUACCUCGGUCCUCGAGCUUUGGGAGCCAUUCGUGCUGAUUACCUGAUCCCUUUUCCGUUGUCUCAGAUCUUCACAGAAACUUCAAUUGCUAUAAGGGCGGAGGUUUUUUCGUUCUUGUUGCAACUAUUGAUGAGCAGAUGGAUCCUUGCAGAGACAAAACGAACGGACAAAGAGAUGAUGGUAUAUUCUUUGUCAACUGAUCAAAGACGAGAAUUGAGGAGCUUGUGGUGCAUGAGGGGAAAGCUUUUGUGGUUCCUCGACAUGGUCUACACUUGGUUGACUGGAAGAGUUAUCGAGAACCAAACAGCGUCAUUUAGAGCCAAGCUGGAAGAGUUGACCUCUUUAGGAUCGAUGAUCACCCUGGAACUAGAACAUACUAGGAAGCUCAGAGAUUACAGUUUCCUUAAUCCGGCCUCGUCAGACCUAUUGGAAGCAAUCUUUGGCAUUCUCGAUAUGACUUGUACACUGUCAGAUAGUCUCACUUUGUUCAAAGCCCAGUCGACACCCGACAAGACUCCCCAAUUUGUAACCAAGCGGAGACGCAGAGUACGUCGGCUACAAAGGGAUUUGUCGUCAGACGAAGAGAUGGGGAAGAUGAUUGAAGGACCAUCACAAACCACGGGCGAAUACAAAAAGGUCUCAAGUGGGAAGGCAAACUUGAAAGAAAUGCAGAGGGAACUACAGUUCUGUGUCGGGGUGAUAAAAAAUGCAGUAGAGAAACUGAGCAUGGAACGCGAUGGAGAGCUUUGGGCCGAGUUGAGUAUUGCUCUGGAAGAAUGGCAUGAAGUAUAACUGCAUAUUUUAUUUUAUCGUGAAUUGUACAAUAAAAGGAUAACAUGCCAUGUAUGUAUCAU